GACAAACGCGAUUUUUAAGCUUCCGGCAGCCAUAUUGCAGGUAUAUUUGUAGAAAUUGGUAUAAAUUUCUACGAAUAAUCUGCGCUAAAAAGUGUAAAAUAACGCUGUGCUAAGUUAAAUGUGAAGAAAAAGUGAUAGUGAUCAGAUUUACUAAUGGCUCGAUACGGGCAAAGACCUGAAAACGCUUUAAAGCGUGCAAAUGAAUUUAUCGAAGUUGGAAAACCAGCAAGAGCUCUAGAUACCUUGCAGGAAGUAUUUCGCAAUAAAAAAUGGGCUUACAAUUGGUCAGAAUCGGUGCUGGAACCGAUUAUGUUCAAAUAUCUGGAUCUUUGUGUGGAACUGAAAAAGUCCCACAUUGCGAAAGAAGGUCUGUUCCAGUACAGGAAUAUGUUUCAGUCGGUCAAUGUAGGAUCCUUGGAGAAUGUUAUCCGAGGAUAUCUUCGUAUGGCCGAAGAGAAGACGGAAAAUGCAAGGGAACAGUCUGCACAAGCUGUCAUAGACAUAGACGAUCUUGAUAAUUUGGCCACCCCAGAAAGCAUACUUUUAAGCGCUGUGUCUGGGGAAGAUGCUCAGGAUCGUUCUGACCGUACCAUCCUCACCCCUUGGGUGAAGUUCUUGUGGGAGUCUUACUGCCAAUGCUUGGAAUUACUCAGGACCAACGCCCACGUCGAAAACCUUUAUCAUGAUAUAGCUAGGAUGGCUUUCCAGUUUUGUCUGAAAUACAACAGAAAAACGGAAUUUAGAAAACUGUGCGAUAAGCUCCGUAAACAUCUCGAGGAUAUUUGCAAGCUUCCAGCUCAAGUCGCCAAUGUGUCCAUGUCGAAACCAGAAACUCAACAACUUAAUCUGGAAACGAGACUUCACCAGCUCGAUUUCGCCAUACAAAUGGAAUUGUGGCAGGAAGCCUAUAAAGCGAUCGAAGACAUACACAACUUGAUGAACCUUUCGAAGAAAAUGCCCGUACCGAAAACUAUGGCCAAUUAUUACCAAAAAUUGGCCAUGGUGUUCUGGAAAGCGGGUAAUUACCUUUUCCACGCUGCUGCUUUAUUUAAACUUUUCCAGUUGUCGAAGGAAAUGAAGAAGAACAUCACGCCAGAGGAAUUGCAAAGAAUGGCUUGUAGAGUAUUAAUCGCGACUCUAGGUAUUCCAUUGCCUUCUGCGCAUCCAGAGUUUGAUAGAUUCAUUGAAACUGAUAAGUCUCCUUUGGAGAAAGCCCAGCGACUUGCUGUAUUGUUGGGUUUGUUCCAACCACCCACCAGAGUCAGUCUUCUGAAAGAUUUGGUCCGCGUGAACGUAAUCAACUUGGCAAGCCCCCAACUCCAAGACCUCUACAAUUGGCUCGAGGUGGAGUUCCACCCUCUCCUGCUCUGCAACCGCGUGCACGAUGUGAUCGUGUCGCUUCAAUCCGAAGAGAACUCCCCGCUCCAACAGUACAUCCCCGCCUUGCAGGACGUCACCCUCGUCCGACUCGUGCGACAGAUCGCUCAGGUGUACCAGACCAUCGAGUUCGCCAAACUCUUACAACUCGCCAAAUUCACGACGGCCUUUCACCUGGAGAGGCUCCUGGUGGACUGCGUACGUCACAACGACAUGCAGAUUCGCAUCGAUCACGGCAAGCAGUGCAUCCACUUCGGAAUGGACUUGAGCGAGAGCCAGCGUGAGGAUAAACCCGAGGGGCCCACCCUGCAGGUCAUGCCGAGCGAGCAGGUCAGAAACCAGCUCGUUAAUAUGUCCACUGUUCUGAACCAGGCCAUCCAGGUCAUUAAUCCCAACAAGAAGAAGGUGGAAAGGGAGAAGUUAAGAGUUUCCAUGGUGCAGAAUUACCACGAAACUAAAGUGAGAGAGCACCAGAAGAUCCUGCAACGUCACAAGAUCAUCGAGGACAGGAAGGAGUACAUCGAAAGAUUGAACACGGUUCGCGAGGAAGAGGAACAGAAGAGAUUGGAGGAGAUGCAGAGACAGCACGUUCUCGCAGAGCAGAAACGUUUGGAGCAAGAGAGGGAGGAGAGAGAGCGCAAGCGCGCCUUGAACGAAAUCCAACAGAUCAAGGACAGGCACCGGAAAGAAAAGUUGCAGCAGAUCAGCCAGACGGAGCACGGGCAGAAGAUCCUGAAGAAACUCGACGAAGAUGUCAUUAAAAAGUUGGAUGCCGACCAGAUCGCCGCCAAAGAGGCGGAGGAGCUUCAAAAGGAACGCAGGGAACUCCAGGCCAAGCUUAAAUCUCAAGAGAAGAAAGUCGAUUACUUCGAGCGUGCCAAGAGACUGGAAGAGAUCCCUCUGCUCCAGGCGAACAUGAAGGAGCGUCAGCUGCAAGACCAGAACUUCUGGGAGCAGCAGGAGAAGGAACGCAUAGCGGCGGCCAUCGAAGAACGCAAACUGGCCGUCGCCACCAGGGACCGUCUGGCCAGGAUGAAGCCCGACAAAGACGAGUUCCUCACCAAACUGAAGAAGGAGAGGAACAUCGUGUACGAGGACAAGCUGAAGGAGUUCGAGAAACUCCUGGCCGAGGAGAGGAAGAAGAGGCUGCAGGAACGCAAGGCCAAACGCAAGGAAGAAAGACGAACCAAGUGGCUCAAAGAGAAGGAGGAGGAAGCGGAACGUAAGGCGGCGGAGCUGCGUCGCCGCGAAGAGGAGGAACGUCAGCGUGCCGAGGAGGCUGCCAGGAAGGAACGCGAGGAGAAAGAGAGGAUCGAACGGGAGGAACGCGAGAAGAAGAUGAAGGAGCAGCAGGAAAUGUUGGAUAGGGUGGCCGCCAGGCAGAGGCAGCGCGAGGAAGAAAUCGAGAGGAAGCUGCAGGAGGAGAAGGAGAGCAGGGAUAAGGUGAAGGAAUCGUCUUGGCGGAGGGGCGAAUUAGGCGGAGGCGGCGGCGGUGGCGGAGGCGGAGGCAAUUUCUGGAGGGGCGGCGACAAGUCCGAGGAGGCUCCCAAGAAAACUGAGGCUUGGAGACCAGCUCGCUUCCGAGGCAACCCCGACGACCCCCCCGCCAGAGGCGGCGACAGUUGGAGAACCAUGGAAGACAAGAAGGAGGACCGGAGGGAGGAUAAACGUGACGACAGAAGGGAAGAACGUCGCGAUGCGGGAAAAGACGAACGCCGCGAUGACAGAAGAGACGAUCGACGCGACGACAGAAGGGAGGACCGUCGCGAAGAUAGGAGAGAUGACCGCCGCGACGACAGGAGAGAGGAUCGCCGUGAGAUCUCUCGCGGCGGCUUCGACAGAGGCGAACGAGACCGCGACAGGUUCGCCGAUAGAGAAGGAGGAGCCCGUUUCUCUCGAGACGACAGGGAGCGCAGAGGUGGAGAAGAUAGAGAUCGUAGAGAUGACAGGGACCGCAGAGACGAUAGGGAUAGAAGAGGAGGGGACGAUGGAGGUAGUUCGUGGCGUUCCCUUAGGAAGACGGAGGAUGACGGACCGGCCCGCAGGCCGCCUAUGCCGAGAGGCGGUAGGGAUGGAGGUUCGGACGCGUGGAGGUCUGGUAAAGAGGGCGGUAGGAGGGAGGAACCCUUAAGGAGAGGGGGUGAUGACAGGAAAGAUGAGAGGAGAGGACCACCGCCGCCAAGGGAGAAACCCGUUCGUGAACAACCUCCACAACCCGAAGGGGAAGAAGGCUGGUCUCAGGUCCGAGGUCGACGUUAACUUCUUUCAUAGCGAAAAUAUAACACGACGAACUUAGUUCUCAUUGCAUAUUGAAGUAAUUUCUAAUAAUAUACGAGUAAUAUCUAAUUUUUAUUUACAGGUUUUUAUGGAAAAUGGUUGUAGUAAUACUUGUCUAGAUUUUAAAGCGUCUACAGGCUUUUCUUAUAUUUCUAAAGCCGUGAUCCAUGUUAUAUUUAUUUUAAUCAAUAAAUGCCUAUCAUACGA